AUGCACAACUGUAUUGUAAGCCUCGCUUUAAGCAGGAAACGUCCAACUUGUGCCCAGAAGAAUGUCAACGUACCUUUAUUUGGAGAGGUUUCUCUUUUCUCGCUGAUAGUGUUACUAUUUUGCGUGGCAUUUGCGGUUUUAUGGGUUGUAUUUAGGAAAGAAUCAUUUUCAUGGUUUGGCCAAGAUUUUCUUGGCAUCUGUUUGAUGAUAACAGUAUUACAGUUGGCUCGGUUGCCUAAUAUUAAGGUUGCAACGGUACUACUCUGUUGUGCAUUUGUAUACGACAUCUUCUGGGUAUUCAUAUCUCCAGUGAUAUUCCAAAAGAGUGUCAUGAUUACAGUUGCUAAGGGUGACAAGGCCGGUGGUGAAGCAAUUCCUAUGCUUUUGAGAUUUCCUCGUUUGUCUGAUCCUUGGGGUGGCUAUGAUAUGAUUGGAUUUGGAGAUAUUCUGUUUCCCGGUUUGCUUGUUUCGUUUUCCCGUAGAUUCGACAAAGAUAAUAAGAAGCUGGGCCUAGACGGAUAUUUUCCUUGGUUGGUAAUUGGCUAUGGCUUUGGGUUGUUCUGCACAUAUCUGGGGCUGUAUAUGAUGAACGGUCAUGGACAACCUGCACUCCUCUACCUUGUUCCAUGCACACUAGGAGUGAUUGUGGUGUUGGGAUGCAAAAGAGGUGAGCUGAAGAGCCUUUGGAAUUAUGAACCAGAGUUGUCUUCCUCCACAUCCACCACCUCCUCAAAACAGCCUCCCGAAGUUUAG